GACUUUUGUGUCAGACAGAUUUCUGUGUGUGUGUGUGUGUGUGUGUGUAUAAAAGCUGAAGGCUGAUCAGCUGCUCACAGACUCUCAGCACCCAGACUGUGAGAAACCUCCAGAAAGAAAAACUUGGACAAGAAAGAACCCCCAAAGACAGCAUGUCUCACCACUGGGGCUACGGACCUGCUGAUGGUCCUGCAAAAUGGGUUGAGCACUUCCCCAUCGCUGACGGACCUCGGCAGUCUCCCAUUAACAUCGUCCCGGGCCAGGCCCAGUUCGACCAGACUCUCAAGCCACUUAAGUUUCAGUACCAAGCGUCUACGUCCAAAGACAUCCUGAACAAUGGCCAUUCAUUCCAAGUGACCUUCCUGGAUGAGGACGACUGCUCAAUUCUGACUGGUGGGCCCAUCACUGGUGUCUACAAACUGAAGCAGUUCCAUUUCCACUGGGGCUCAAGUGACAACAAAGGGUCUGAGCACACAGUCAACGGAGUCAAAUACCCAUGUGAGCUUCAUCUGGUCCACUGGAACACCAAGUAUGCGAACUUUGGUGAGGCCGUAGACAAACCUGAUGGCUUGGCGGUUGUUGGAGUUUUUCUGAAGCUUGGUUCUUCUAAUCCCAAACUGCAGAAACUUCUGGAUACCUUUCACGCCAUCAAAACGAGUGGUCAGCAAACCACAUUUAUGAACUUUGACCCAAAGCACCUGUUGCCUACCUCUCUGGGUUUCUGGACUUACGAAGGUUCUCUCACCACACCCCCUCUGCACGAGAGUGUCACCUGGAUUGUACUGAAAGAGCCGAUUAGCGUCAGCUCUUCUCAGAUGACCAAAUUCCGCACACUGUUGUUCAGCUCAGCGGGAGAGCAACCUCGCUGCAUGUGCGAUAACUUCAGACCCCCUCAGCCUCUGAAAGGACGCACAGUGCGUUCCAACUUUAAGUAAACCGCAGACCCCACCCACUGAACGCACCUCAGCCAAUCAUAAUGCCUCUUUUGCUCAGGGUGUCCCUGUCGAGCUCGGUAAUUUACUUCUAAGGUUUUUUUUAUUCUAAGGUGUCCUUCUUGACUCGUAUAGGGAAACUUAAUAUUAUAAUAACUUAUUAUUAUUAAAUAAAUGAUACGAGUUGGUUCAUUUGUUCCAAUUCAUGAAUUUGUAAGAGCACAAUCUGAUUUGGUUCAAAUGAACCAGUUUCCGUAAAAGAAUUAAAAAAUUUAAUGAAUUUGUGAAUCAGUGUUUAAAUCUUAAAAAAAAAUAAAAACACCACCAACACCUUUUAGGAGACAGAGAAAAAAAAACACAUAAUAGAAAAUGCUACGAGGGAGUUGUUAAUCUACUCAAAUGUAUUAAAGUUAUAAAGUUGGAUUAUCCACUGAAUAUGUUUAUUUUCAUGUGUUUUUUAGGUUGAGAUGUGUGAAUUGUUCGUGGUGUAGAGCAAAAUAUAUAUAUAUAUAUAUAUAAAAAACUUUUCCAAUUAUGCAUUUUUCGACAUAUAGGACAUUUUCACUGGAAAAAGCAGCUCUAGAGAAUUAACAAAAAUAUAAAGAUUAUUGUUUAUUGCUAAGAGAAAGAAGUGUAUUGUUUUAUGAGAGGGUUAAAAAAAUAAAAAUUACUUUUUAUAAGUUAAAAAUAAAUACAUAUAUUUUAACAUUA